AUGGCUAACCCCAAGGUCUUUUUCGAAGUCUCUGCCAACGGAGAGUCCCUCGGCAAGAUCGUCAUGGAGCUCCGCAAGGACGUUGUUCCCAAGACGGCCGAGAACUUCCGCGCUCUCUGCACCGGCGAGAAGGGAUACGGAUUCAAGGGCUCUUCUUUCCACCGCGGCACUGGUGGCAAGUCCAUCUACGGCGAGAAGUUCGCUGAUGAGAACUUCCAGCUGAAGCACACUGGCCCCGGUAUUCUCUCCAUGGCCAACGCCGGCCCCAACACCAACGGCUCCCAGUUCUUCCUCUGCACUGCCACCACUGGCUGGCUGGACGGAAAGCACGUCGUGUUUGGCAAGGUCAUCGAGGGCCUCGACGUUGUCAAGAAGGUUGAGAAGUACGGUAGCGACUCGGGAAAGACCUCCAAGAAGAUUGUCAUUGACGCCUCUGGAGAGUGCUAG